ACUACACCUUAACUAAUAAUCUUGUUUUCUUUUUGGACACUAUAAAAAAAAUCAGACAACUAUCUAAAUAAUUGUUAUCAAACUGAGUUAUUAUAAUAUAAUUGAUUUUGAUAGCUACUUUGCUCUUGAGAUAUCGAUUAAUAUGGAAAUACUUUUAAUUCGAUCAACACCAUGAAGAAAUGUGAUUUUGUAAUUAUAAUUCUCUAUAGGAUUUUGUUCAAGCGUUGAUUGGACAGAUUUCAUUAACAAUAUAAAGUAAAGGAUUACAGCAGUUAUAAAAUCAAAUGCAGAAAGUUGUGCAUGUCUAAAGCUUGAAGGGAUAGUAUGAUUAUCUGUAUACGUUCUCUGUCCAGGUUAAUAUGAUGUGUGAUUUAUUAUGUUGGAUAACAAUUCUAGUUUUAUUAUUUAGUGAUAUAAAUAGUGAGAUUUAUGAAUUUGAUUCCAACGGACCAUGUUGUAAUGGGACUCUUGGCUAUGCUUAUUAUAAUAUGCCAUGUUCAUCAUUAAAAUGUUGUAACUCAAGCGAAACAGUGUCUGUCUCUCUUGUAAAUGCUGCCUUAGGAUAUGUCUUCCGGUGUACGGAUAGAUCAGAAGUUAAAAAGGACUGUACCAAACGAGGAAAACUCAUGAUUGACUCAAAAGUGGCUUCAACCAAAUAUGGCACUCGUAUAUGUUGUGAUGGAUUAGUGCCCAAAAUUUAUUUCAAUCAACCGUCUGCUGCCUUGGCUGUUGAAUGUGUUGUUUAUCCUCGGUAGUCCUUAUCUGUCUUAUCUGUCUUACCUGUUGAAUGUGAAAGUCAUGGUCGAUAGUUUUCGGCUAUCUUGUACAGCUGUGGGAAUGCAUAUGUGGCGUUCUACUAUCCUGAAAUAACUUUAUAUAAGUAAUACGCCUGCUGCAUGAGAUGUUUAAAAUUGUAAAGGUGUCAUAUAUGGCGUGAAAGGAGGAAUAUCGUUAUAGAAAUUCCGCAUCUGUAACUACGUAUACAUAUCAGUUUCUCGUUCAUUAUAUACAAUGGAAGACAGUAUAUAACGUUUACCACUGUAGGGUGUUGGGAGACAUACUAGGAGGUACAAGACAUUGCUAGGUGCAUGUAGAAUAAGUUAUUUAAAAUCCUUUUCUACUAUUGUCAUUGGGAAAUUAGAGAUAGUUAAUUCUGUUAUCUUAAUUAUGGAAAUUUAUUUGAAGGGAUUAACAGUAUGUUUCUUUUAUUCGCUCCUGCAUGUCCAUUCAUAAACCUUUCAAUGUUGCAGUUUCGCAAAACAUAAUAACAAAAAUUAAUUCCUAUAUAAAAGCGACUGCAAAUGUCUAUCUAUAUAUAUUUACUUAUAGCGAUUGCAAUUUUGAAAGAUUACCAUUUAUUCUACACAUCAGCUUCUUUUCUAAAUUGAGUUGAACUUUCUGGUGCAGUUUGAACAUAUCUAAUUGGCUUAAAUAUGCAAAAGGGGUGAGACACACAUAAACUUUCUUGUUGAUAGAGCAACGUUGUAUCAAUUAGUUAUGCCUACUGUUUCCAUAUGGCGUUUAUGAUUGUCGAGAUAGAGCAAUUACAGGUUAAGUUAUGCAUUCUCAAUAAGCAACUGUCAUGUGACGUUCGAGAGUUUACAUAGGUAUGUGCGAUGAAUCUAAACAUUUACUUACAUGGCAGAAACAUGUCAUUACCAUUACACUAUUUUGUUAACCUAAUCUCUACAUAUCAAUCCCUUUAGGUGCUAUGUCCUUUAUCCUCCUUUCUAUUUUUGAAGUGAUAAACAUUCUGUCCGAAGCCUUCCCGUUCUAAUAUAACCAAUUAUGUUAGCAAAACUUUUCAAGUUUCUUCUUACAUUUUAUUAUCUAUUAUUUCCGUGUAUUUUUUAUGAAUAAAAUUAUAUUUUUAAA